UGGAGACCAAGGGUUAGACACAGCACUUGGUAACACUCCUCAGCUGCCAGACUUCUGUAUUGGCAUGAACACUGGUCACUACAAUGGAUUUCGGGUUCUCUGUAGCUUCUUAUUUUGUGCUGUUUUUGACUCUUCUCUUUAUCCUGAAUCUGAUAAAAGGUUGGAAUAAAAACCAUGUCAAGAAUUUUCCUCCUGGACCCAGAUGUUUGCCGCUGAUUGGGAAUUUGCACCUCAUAGAUUUAAAGAAACCUCAUCUCAGUUAUCUAAAGUUUUCAAAGAAAUACGGCCCGGUGUUUAGUGUCCAGAUGGGUAUGAAAAAAAUGGUGGUCCUAACGGGAUAUGAGACGGUGAAAGAUGCUCUUGUCAAUAAUGCUGAAGAGUUUGGAGAAAGAGGAAUGUUGAAAAUUUUUAAGAAAAUGGAUAAAGGAAUGGGACUUACUCUUUCACAAGGAGAAAAUUGGAAAACUAUGAGAAGAUUUACAAUAACCACAUUAAGGGAUUUUGGCAUGGGAAAAAGUAGCCUAGAAGAAAAGGUUGCUGAGGAAUGCACCACUGUAAUAAAAUACUUUGCAACUUUUAAAGGGAAGCCUUUUGAAAACCUUAUGAUCUUGAAUGCGGCUGUCGCAAAUAUAAUCGUGGCAAUUUUACUUGGAUAUCGGAUGGAUUAUGAUGAUCCUCAGUUUAAGAGACUGCUAUUCCUGACAAAUGAGAAUAUUCGACUUUUGGGAGCUCCAAUGGUUUCGCUCUUCAACAUAUUCCCGUUCAUCGCGCUUCUCCCUGGUAGUCACAAAAAAAUUCAGGAAAAUGUUGCAGAACUAUGUGACUUUAUUGAAAGAACAUUUGUACAACAUCUGAAGAACUUGGAUGAAAAUGAUCAGAGAAGUUUUAUUGAUGUGUUUCUUGUACGACAAAAUGAGGAAGCAGGAAACCCUCACUCGUAUUUCCACACUAAGAAUUUAACACAAGUUGUCAGAAGCUUGUUUGCAGCAGGAAUGGAGACAACGUCCACCACACUGCGCUGGGGCAUUCUCCUGAUGAUGAAAUAUCCAAAAAUUCAAGAAAAAGUCCAGGAGGAGAUUUCGAGAGUCUUGGGAUCUGCACAACCCAUGUACAGCCACCGAGGACAAAUGCCUUUUACAAAUGCAGUAAUACAUGAAAUCCAAAGGUUCUCUGAUAUUCUUCCUACUGGUGUUCUCCGUGAAACAACCAAAGAUGUGACCUUCAGAGGAUACUUUAUUCCUAAAGGGACAUAUAUAAUCUCAUUAUUGACCUCAGUUUUGAAAGACAGUACACAGUUUGAGAAACCUUAUGAGUUUUAUCCAGAGAAUUUUCUUGACUCCAAGGGAAAUUUUGUGAAGAAAGAUGCCUUCUUGCCAUUCUCUGCUGGUCGAAGAGCCUGUGCUGGAGAGACGCUUGCAAGAAUGGAGCUUUUCAUGUUUUUUACAAGCCUUCUGCAGAAAUUCACCUUCUGCUUCCCCCCAGGGGUCAAUGAUGUGGACCUGUCAUCAGUCGGUGGAAUAACAAAUGCACCACAGCCUCACAUGAUUUGCGCUGUGUCUCGUUGAAAAAAAAUAAUAAUGCAGUGUAUUGUGAUUCCCUCAUGAUUACCUUAUUAAUGUCUACAGAAAAUAAUCAAUAUCAGUACACAACGUUUAGUUAAUCAUUCACUUUAUGUCACAUACUUUAUUGUAAAUGAUCUAUUUAACAUAGGAUUUUCCCAAGUGUUCAGGGACUACCGCAUGGACAUAUAGUUUGGGAUUAGUUUGUCAUUUGCUGUAAUUCAUUGUUAAAUUCUUUAGAUAUAUCUUUUUUCCAAUUGAGCUGCAAUUAAAAUUAUUGUAAUGGUUAA